AUGGUGAUAUCGGAUGACAAUAAAUUAUCUCCCGCGGAGAAGGCGACGGACUUGGGACUGCAGAGCAAUCCUUCGUCGUCUACUCUGACACAUCCUCUCGAUGAGGAGGUUCAGAAGAAGCUCCUCCGCAAGACGGACCUGCUGGUUCUUCCAGCCCUUGCAUGUGGUCUCCUGACCCACGCCAUCGACCGCUCCAACAUCGGCAACGCCAAAUCAGACACUCUGGAGCGCGACCUGCACCUCGUGGGCAACCAGUUCCAGCUCCUGCUGGUCCUCUUCUACAUCCCGCUGACGCUCUCCUCGGUCCCGUUCUCCCUCCUAGCCAAGACCUUCAGCCCGUCGCGCGUGCUGCCGCUAGCCAUGUUCUGCUUCGGCACAGUCGCGAUGGCCUGCGCGGCGGCGACGAGCUUCGGCGGCCUGCUGGCCUGCCGCAUGGUGCUGGGCGUGCUCGAGGCCGCCUUCCUGCCGCUGCCGAGCUACUACGGCAGCCUGUUCUACACGCGCCGCGAGCUGAGCCUCCGCAUCGCCUGCUUCUUCUCGGCCGUCAACGUCGCGGGCGCCGUGUCCGGGCUCAUCUCGUUCGGCGUGUUCCAGUGGCGGGGUCGCGCGCUGGCCGGGUGGCAGUACCUGUUCCUCAUCGAGGGCGCCAUCACGGUGGGCAUGUCGCUCGUGCUCUUUGCCGUGCUGCCGCGCAGCAUCGAGUCGAGCCGCUUCUUCUCGCCCGAGGAGAAGAAGCUCGCCCGCGCGCGGCUCGAGGAGGGCACUCUCGACGCCGGCGAGGAGCUGGAGCGGUUCCGUUGGGCAGACGCGCGGGCCGCGCUGCUGCAGUGGGAGAGCUGGGCCUUCACGCUCAUGGCCCUUAGCUUUGGCGUGGCGCUGACGGGCGCAGCAAACUUCCUGCCUUCCAUGAUUAGGCGCCUCACCAGGGACUCAGUCCGCGCAAACUUGUUCACCAUCGGACCGCAUCUCACCGCCAUGGCCUGCCAGCUGGGGGCCACGUUCCUCAACAACCGUAUUCAGCAGCGUGCUGUGCUGAUCUCCUCUUUCGCGACGGUUGCUUGCUUGGCAUGGAUCCUGCUCGCCUCGAUGAACCUCUCCGGCGGCAAGGUCGACGUGGGAUAUUUCCUGACGUACCUCCUGAUGGCAGGUACAUUCACGCCGCCGCCGCUGGUGGCUGAGUGGAUCGCGAGCAACAGCCCUACAUCCACGGGAAGAGCGAUGCGUCUGGGCAUGUUUGCUACUGCGAUCCCGAUGGGCGGUAUAAUUAGUUCCGUUGCUUUCCGCGCGCAAGACGCACCGGUGUACCAGAGAGGCCUGCUCACCUGUGCGUCAUUCAUUGCGUUGCUGGCGUUGCUGGCUGUCGCCUUCGUUCAGAGCUUCUUCCUCUCAUGGAAUUUGUCAGAAAUUUCCAGGAGGGACUAG